CUCGAUGAAGGUUUGUGUAAGAUAUGUAUUAUGACUUAGUACGUAGUUUUCAAUUUUCCACUAUAAAAAUUAUAAAACAAAUGUUUUCAUUACAUUCUGAAAUUUUUUCACAGUAAAUACAUAGUAGAAGCUCUAUACUUCAAGAACUUUAAUUUUACACAUCCAUACAAUGCUAAAAGCUGAAUUUUUCGGUUCGGCAGUAUAAAAUAUUUAUUAAGUAUUGUGAUCGGAAAAUUUGUUUGUUUUCUUUUAACUCAAUAUGGAGUUGAUAUCUGAAGAAAAGGAAAAAUCGCGAACCUAUACAGUCAUCGGAUACGUCUUCGAUAACACCUUGGACAUAUAUAUAUUUACAAUCACCCGUUGAAGAAAAUCAUCAUCUUCGCUACAAAUAUGAGCAAUUAUUCUAAGCCUAUUACGCCCGAGUAUGGUGGUAAAGAAUUUUUCCGUAUACUCGAGAAUAUUCCUGCUGAAGAACGUCCAAACGCCCACCAAUUUAGAAUGCCUCAAGAAAACGAACCCGUUUCCAGCGCCAUGACUCUAGCCGAAGAUACCGACUGUAGAACCAAUACCAUACAGCUCACUCCUGUUAAUUGGCAUAAGGUGUAUUCUACACCAAUUCGUCGUGCUACGGACCCAAUCCACGCCAAUUCACCAGAAAUUUUCCCACCAACACCCCUACCUAAAGCACCGAGGAGUCCACUUAGGGUAAGAGUUGAUUUAUUUCCGGAUAUGGGGGAAUGGGGCGAUAAAUGGAGAUCGUCAUCACUAAUUUCGUCAAGUAUGAUAGCUCCACCACGGAAUCGGGAUAAAUAUCGGCAGCAGAUCCAUGACAUAUCUCGUGCGACUUCACCACCAGAUGUACUCUAUGACCGAGCACAAUACACGCCAAUCUCUGAACAUAAUAUUCUAAUUAUCGGUGACAUUCUAAAUAUAGCGCCACAUUCGGAAGAUAACCAGCCAGAUGAGCUAGUCUGGUGGAAUGACGGGUAUGACGACGAAUUGAAUACACAUAUGGAUGUUUUUGAAGGGCGAGGGGAGGAGAAUUAUAAUACAUUUAAUGAAACGUUCUUAAAAAAAAUUUAAAAUUAAACAUUUUUUUUUUGUUAUUAUUCACAACUCGUAUUUUUAUGUAGCUGUUUAAAUGUUUAAAAAGUACAGUUACAUAGCGGGCACUGUUCAUUAACGCCUUGAACUGAUUCACCGAACGGGUAGUGACGUCACAAUUGUUAGCGGCGUCGAGUCUUGGGUCAGGGACUCAGGGUGUGUGAUCUAUUUAAUUAAAAUGUUCGAUUUUUAAAAAUGGGCCCUAAUCGAAACACCUGAUUUCACAUUAUUUAUAUGUCCAACCCCUAAAAUCGAUAACAUCGAUUUAUCCGUGUUCAACUGUGUUUUUAUAUCAGUACCUCAAAAAUAGAAAAUGUUGAAUUAUUCUUGUUUGUAUACCAAUAAUUAACCUAAAUAAUAAUAUAUAACAUAAUAAAAAACAUUUUUAUAUUGUAAAUAGAAAACUCAUUGCUAGGAUAGUGUGUUUGGACUAUUAUAUAUAUUGUAAAUUUACUACAUACAUGUAACAACUUUGUACCUUUGUAUAAUC